AGGUCCCCUCAAAGAAAAUUGAGAAGAAAAGAAAUCAAAGACGAGACGUUUGGCACUUGGGGAGACUUGGCUGCUUCAUCUUCGUUGACCACAAGUUCUCAUCGCCGACUUUCUUCUAGCAAUCGUGAUACCGAUCAUCAAAGUCUGUUCCUCCUCUGCUGCUGGAAGAAUAUUCGUCACGGCUGGGAACGAAUGCUAUCAAGAGAAGUGCCAGAAUUAGUGGAACAGAUGGAGAAAUUUCUGGAUGAAUCUGAAUCUGACUCCUACAACUCCUGGGGAUAUUUACGCCGGAACUUUGCCGGGCCAAUACAUUUAGCAAUAUUUUCAGACAGUUCCUCCUCUGCUGCUGGAUUGACAGAGGGACGAGUUAGUCUGUUGGUGGCUAAUGAUGAAAUUGUUAGUCUGUUGGUGGAGGAGGUGGACGAGUUAACUACUAUCCUACGCAAAAUACUGGAUAUCAAGGUAUUGCAAGCCAAGUUAUUUAUAGAAAAAGUUGGUGAGGUCAUCAGAAUAUUGGAAAUGGAAGGACCCCCAACUUUGCUGGACCAAUUAGUAGAAGAUAUUGCACCUCUUGCACUGCCUAUAGGAGAUUUUGCUCGGAGAACUAAGCUACUAAUUACUUCACCGUUAUAUGAUGAGGUCAUCAGGGUGAAUAUUGGUCUCGGCUGGGAACGAAUGCUAUCAAGAGAAGUGCCAGAAUUAGUAGAACAGAUUGGCUUAAAUGAGAAUAAGCUGGAGAAAUUUCUUGAUGAAUCUGACUUCUACAACUCCUGGGAAGAUUUGCGUCACAAUUCAGCCUUACUACCUUGUCGUGAGGCGGUGAGGGAUCUGCUUCAGUCUUGUCGAGAACUCAAAGACGCCAUGAACUUUUUCAGUGAAGUGGGGACUGAAUCAGCUCUUCUCUGCCAACAUCUAAAGUUCUGGCUGAGCUUUGCUGGGCUGUGCGGGCGUUCCAAUGAAUGGCAUUGUCGCCAAUUUGUGAGAGGCAUCAUGGAUGUUGCCGACAAAGCUCUUGAGGCGCUGGAAUGUGCAGAUAAAUAUGGUCUUAGAUUAGAGAUGCGGGAAUUUGAAUCAAAUGUAUAUGCUUCAGCCGAGGUUGUAAAGGAAAAUUGUGUCGAGAAGACGGCCAAGGAAUUUUUUGAUGGGAAGCGAUUGGUUUUGUUGGAGACUUUAGGAAUGCUUCAUUCCUUCACGGAAGAGAUUGAUGCUACCUGUGGGAAACUUGGCAGCGAAGAUCGUCAAUUGAAUAACGCUUCAUUUGGAAGAAAUGGUUUUCCUUCAUGGUCUGUGAUUCGUGAGAAGUUUGCUAGCGGAGAUCUUCCUUCACUGCCUAUGACGUAUUAUCUACGUGCUUUUCCUUUAAUUGAAAGAAGAAAAAGAGGAAGAGUUAAUAGUGUUAGGUCUGGCAUCAGACGACCUAACAAACAAGUUAAUUAUCUACGUGCUUUUCGAGGAAAAAGAAGAAGAGUUGUUAAUGUCUGGUCUGAUACCAGACUAGUAUUACCAACGAGGCGAGUCGAAUUUGAUCUAAAUGAACCGAAUCUCGACUUAGUUUUAUGAAGUUCGAGCUCGAAAACGAGUCGAGUCGAAUCGAAAUUUGAUCUAAAUGAGCCGAACCUCGACUUAGAUUUAUGAAGUUUGAGCUCGAACUCGAAUUCAACGAGCUACUAUUCUAAAGCUCAAGCUCAAACUCGAGAUUUGGUCUAAUCGAGUUGAAUUUCGACUUAGUUUUAUCAAACUUGAAUUCGAGCUCGAAUUCGACGAGCUGUUAUUUUAAAGUUCGAGCUCAAACUCGAGCUCUCGAUUUAGAGCUCGAGCUCGAGUUUGAACUUUUGAGCUCCAGCUUAGGCCCUAACUUGAGCACUUAAAACAGACUUUGAGUCCGAUAUUGACUAAAUUCGAGUUAAACUUUGACUCAAGCUGUUCGUGAACCGCUAAGAGAGGUUUUAAUGAGUUAUUUAGACCUUUGGAUCAUCGAGUAAAUAUUUUGAGUUCUCUUGUGUUUUAGUAAUUAAAUGCUUCUGGGUCUAAAAACACAUUUUUAAAGCUUUUAUACUCUGUUUCAUGGUGAAAUUCUACUCUCCCUUCGCUCCUCUGCUUGAUGGUGAAAUUCUACUACUCUUUCGUCGUAAUUCCGCUAAUCUGGCGUCUGUUCUCGUUGAUCAUAGUUUUCUGGAGAAUGCAACUACAUAAACAGCGAUACAUUGCUCAGAACAUGAUCAGCACAGCACAGCUUUGUACUCUUCAAGAGAUUAAUGUUCCCCGAUUUUCAAUUGUUGAAGCCUUGCAGGCUACCAGCAGAUACCUAUGUAGAUUCGUGCAGGUUAAA